CCCCUGAGUUAAACAAAAUAACAUCGAACGCAGAUUACCAGAUUGUGAAUUUGUAAUUUGUGUACUUUACCAUUUAAACAUUCCUAAAGAAAUCCUGCCUGGGAUUAGUAAGUGGUUAGUAAUAUCCAGAAGAAUAGACGUCUUGAAUUUUUUAAACCGCAACAGUAUUGAGGUGAACAAAUUUUAAUAGGAAGUGAAAAACCAGAAACCACUGAUAACAAUUCGGAUUCCAGUUGAGGAAUUUUUGGACGUGACAGACGUAGUCCGCCAUUAUUCUCUUUCAAUCAUCCAAGUGCAGUGUUAAAUUUCAUAGACGGGGAGUGAUUAAAAGACUAAUUAUUUAGGAAAAACACAAACAAAAGUUUCAACGAUUGUUGUCUUCUUGAUAAUAUGAGGUGUUCGUGUUUCAAAUACUAUAGUGAUAAAAUCAGUGAACUGUUCAGUAUCUUGUGUUGACUUUUUGCUGUCUUGUGUCCUUUGUUUUGUAUUUUUUCGUGAUAAGACUGUAGUUUCAAAUUAUCUAGCUAUGGAAGCGAUAGCGAAACACGAAUUCAAUGCCACAGCUGAUGACGAGCUCAGCUUUAGGAAAGCUCAAGUUCUAAAAAUUUUAAAUAUGGAAGAUGACAUGAACUGGUAUAGGGCUGAAUUGGAUGGUAGAGAGGGCCUCAUUCCUAGCAACUAUAUUGAAAUGAAACCCCAUGAAUGGUAUUAUGGACGAAUCACUAGGGCAGAUGCUGAAAAAUUACUCUUAAAUAAACAUGAAGGGGCCUUUUUAAUAAGAAUUAGUGAAUCAAGUCCUGGAGACUUUUCUUUAUCAGUAAAAUGCUCAGACGGUGUUCAACAUUUCAAAGUACUCCGUGACGCUACUGGUAAAUUCUUCCUAUGGGUAGUGAAAUUCAAUUCUCUCAAUGAAUUAGUGGAAUAUCAUAGAACCUCAUCAGUGUCCCGUUCACAAGAUGUCAAAUUAAGAGAUAUGGUGGCUGAGGAGGUGAGUUUUAUGAUGAGUGGUGGUGAGGAGUAUUUGGUCCAAGCCUUGUACGACUUCACCCCACAGGAAGUAGGCGAGCUGGAGUUCAGAAGAGGUGACGUCAUCACCGUCACCGAUCGCUCAGACCAGCACUGGUGGCACGGAGAAAUCGGCCAUCGCAAAGGACUCUUCCCCGCAACCUAUGUAACGCCUUAUCACUCUUAAAUUAUGUCAAAAACAAACGAAAAACUAAAAUUAUUUUAUUUUCUAUAUUAAAAAAAAAUCGAAAAACGUCGGGUCUAUGAAUGAAAGCUGGUUCAACUUGACGAUUUGUCCAAAUGUGUCAAAAGCUCCAUUGAAGUCUUUAUUUAGUCCUUUAAUUGUAUUUGCAGUAGAAUUAACACUUGAUUUAAUGCAAAAUAGUUUAAUUUAAAAUGAAAGGCAGCAAUGUUUUAAUUUCUGUAACAUUUUAUAUUUUUGACACUUACAAUUUUUAAUAGUCACUGAAAUAAAUUUGAAAAAAUAUCUUAUACGAGGGCCAUUUUUAAAAUAGGAUUUCCAUGAAUUUUAAAAAUCUUCUUCUUCAGUCUGUUUGCAUCCACUCUUGGACAAAGGCCUCCCCAUGAGUUCUCUAUUGUUCUGUUUUGUGCUAUUUGGUGACAGUUUCUCCACAUUUUUAUUUUGAUGUCGUCUAGCCAUCGUUUUCGUGAUCUUCCUCUUCAGAGAUACUCCUAACAUAGCUCGUUAGAUCGCCCUCUGUGUCGUUCUCAAUCUAUUGGCCGAUACCUCUGUAAGUGUCACCGUCUCCAUUCCAUAGGUCAUAAUUGUUAGAAUACAACUGUUAAAUACCUUUUUCUUUAGAUUUAUUGGUAUCUUUUUGUUUUUCAACACAUCGCCGAGUCUUCCUACUUACUGCUGCCCAAGUCAUUCGGAUUCUUUUUCUGCCGUUUGAUGCUGUUUACCUAGUUUGAUCGUGUGACCUAACUAUACAGGGUGUCCCCGAAAAUAGUUCGUUCCUUAAAGGUAUAGGUAGAAGGCACCAUGUAGAGCAAAAAAGUCUAUAACAUUUUUUUCUAAUUGUAAACUUUUAAGGACCUCCUCGUUUGUGACCUGGUCAGUCCACGGGAUUUUAAGAAUUCUCCGAUAUAGCCACAUCUCAAAUGCUUCCAAUUUUCGGCACAUAUCUUCGUUCAAGGUCCACGAUUGCAUAAAAAGGACAGAGUAGGCGUAGCAUCACUGCUUUCUUGCAGUCCAUCUUGAGCCCAUAUUGUUGACUGUAAUACGUGAUUUUGUUCAUGAAGAUUGUAGGUUUUCGAGGUUAUCCGCAAAUACUAUGGUGUCAUCUGCAUACCAGUUUCGUGCAAAGCUUCAAUAAAUAUUCUUUCAGAGUAGAGAUUGAAAAUUAGAGGGGAGAAAAUGCAGCCUUUCCUCACUACACGCAUGAUUUUCACAUAUUCGGUGUGUUCACCUUCAACUCUGAGGUUUGCAGUCUUAUUCCAGUAAAGGUUUCUAAUUAUUUUCAGAUCUUGGUUCUUAAUUCCUACUUCUUUUAGUAUUGUACUGUAAACUGUAGAUUUACUGACAAUUAAUGUCAAAAGGUGAAAUCGGUUUUGCGUCUAAAAAAUCGUAUCACAGCACGAAUUUCGCAUCUGGCGACAACAGCGAUCAGAACCUCCAUCUUCGAAGGCUACUGGGCAGGCAAUGAGCGAUACUGGCUGUACAGCGAGCCUAGAAUGGUGGGGGGUAGGGUAGUUAAUGCGUAAGGCAGUGUUGCCAGAUUUUUCCAAGCAUGUCACAUUCUUUUCCAGCGCCACAGAGAACAUUUCUUUUACGAAUGACCCUCGUUAUUUAAUAUAAACACAAAAAGACAUUUUGAACAUACUUUUCUGGACCUGCUAUCAUUUUGGACAAAUUUGAAAGGCAUUAUUUUUUUAUUCGGAAAGUUACCUAAAAAUUUUUGAAGAAGAAACUAUCCUAUUUUUAUUUGAUACUGAUCUUUUGGUGCGAUAUGUUAGGAAAUACGGAUUUUUUACAAAAAGUGUCUCUACCAAGCUCUACACGUUGCUUACAAAAAGUUUAUUAAGUACUAGAUGAAAUUUUGUGAGAUAUACUACUCUAUGUUCAUCCCCAAAAUAAGCUAAGACGCAGACAUGUGAUCGGUGGAUGUGUCAUGUCUCAAUCUGGCGUCUUAGCUUAUCUUGAGGCUGAACCUAGUAUAGAUAUGUACUGGUAUAAAGGCACUAAUUGUGAUUAGUUUUUUUUUAAGUGUGAGAUUACAUUGACGGACUCUUCGUCGAUCGAGAUAUUUAUUAAAGAGCUUAUUUUUAGACUAUAUACAUAUUAUACACCUCUUACAAUAUAAGAGUAUGUUUGUGUUUAA